AUGGAUAGGACCUGGGAAGAGGUGAAGCAUGGAUGGAGUGCUGAGCCUGUUUUACGUGUGCUUCUUUCCUGCAGGUAUACUCCACUGGUGAAAAUGCCUCUUGUGAUCAUAUGCGGGUUCCCGUGUUCCGGAAAAACCUCUGUAGCAAAUGCUCUUUCCAAGUACUUCCUCCAACAAUCGAGGGACGUGGUGGUGAUUUCAGAGAAUGAUCACGUGUCGUGCCGCAAUAAGGUCUAUGCCGACUCUCAGGAUGAGAAACGAAUACGAGGGAUCCUCAAAUCCCAGGUCCAGCAGUUUCUGAACAAAGACAAAGUUGUUAUAUUGGAUGCCAUGAACUACAUUAAAGGUUAUCGUUAUGAACUGUACUGUGUGAGCAAAGGGUGCCAUACGACACAGUGCACGGUGCUCUGUGAUGUGGCAAGAGAUGUGGCCCUUGCGUGGAAUGAUGCUCACAGACAUUACAACACGGACGUCAUGCAGGCUUUGAUGGACCGCUUUGAGGAACCUGACUCGCGCAAGCGUUGGGACAAUCCACUGUUUCACGUGAGGAGCUUGGAUGACUUAGAUGUGGGAGCCAUCUGUGAAGCCCUGUUUGAAAGGAAACCUCCACCGCCCAAUCAGUCAACUCAGAGUCAGCCGCUAAGCUCGGCUUCAUUCCUCCACGACCUGGACCGCAUCACGCAGGACAUUGUCAAUCACUUGAUGUCUGCACAAAAGUUGGGUGAAGAGGGAGAGAUUCGAGUGCCAUCUGUUGAGUAUCCGGUCAAUCUACCUUCGCGUUUCCCCGUGGCAAAGCUGGCUCAGUUGAGGAGACAAUUCAUUUCAUUCAUGAAAGCCAGGCCCCAGCCCCAGCGUGCCAUUCCCGCCUUAUUCGUUCAGUAUCUUAACUCCCAUCUCAUGUGA